ACUAUUUCAAUUUCUUUUCGGGUGAUAUAAUUUGUCGGGGGUAAAAAAAAUUUCCCCGCAACCCUUUCACUCGCUUUUACCUAGCGUUAUUUCGUUUCAUUUUUUAUCUUUCAAUCAUUCCCAGCUGCCCGGUUAUAACAUGUCAUUAAUGUACUCGAGCCAGUGAAAGGGUUCGCUCUUGACCUGCCAACCAUGUCGAAAGUUGAAAUUUAGGUCCUGGGCAAAGCGCCGAGUGGCCAACACCCCGGCACCCUUUUGGCUUAACGUACAGUCGUUGGCGAGCACAGCUUCACUUCCCAUAACGUAUCGCAUCGUAAUCCUUGUCUGUCUACCUCACGCCUUUUUCUAUGGUCUUUGAACCACGGUGUGCCGCCCAGCCAACGAUUGUGUUCUUUACCAAAACUUGGACUAUUUCAGCAUUUUCAGCCCAGACGUUACCUACGGAAUACUCCGUGCAGCUGACUUUUCGAGAACAGUGGCUGGACGAGCGGCUCAAGUUUAAUGACUUCGGAGGUCGACUGAAAUAUCUCACGCUCACGGAGGCCAACCGAGUAUGGAUGCCGGAUUUGUUUUUCUCCAACGAAAAGGAGGGACAUUUCCACAACAUCAUUAUGCCUAAUGUGUACAUACGAAUUUUUCCCUAUGGCUCAGUUCUCUACAGUAUAAGGAUAUCUCUGACGCUGUCUUGCCCGAUGGACCUGAAACUCUACCCUCUUGAUCGACAAAUAUGUUCCCUACGAAUGGCGAGCUACGGAUGGACGACGGACGAUCUCGUAUUUCUUUGGAAGGAUGGCGACCCUGUUCAAGUCGUUAAAAAUCUACACCUACCCAGGUUCACGUUGGAAAAGUUUUUGACCGAUUACUGCAACAGCAAGACGAACACCGGUGAAUACAGCUGCUUGAAGGUGGAUCUGCUGUUCAAACGAGAGUUCAGCUACUACUUGAUACAGAUAUACAUCCCGUGCUGCAUGCUGGUCAUCGUUUCGUGGGUGUCCUUUUGGCUGGACCAGAGUGCCGUACCGGCUCGGGUAUCCCUGGGUGUAACGACGCUGCUGACCAUGGCCACCCAGACUUCCGGAAUAAACGCUUCGCUACCGCCCGUUUCUUACACGAAGGCGAUCGAUGUUUGGACCGGUGUUUGUCUCACCUUCGUGUUCGGCGCUCUGCUAGAGUUCGCUCUCGUUAAUUACGCCUCUCGGAGCGACAUGCACCGUGAGAAUAUGAAGAAGAAAUUUCGGGAGAUGGAAUCAGCUUCUAUCGAUCCAGGGGCUGAGCCUGAACCCGAUGGGGCAACCAAUUUCGCAAUGAAACCGUUGGUGCGUCACGAAGGGGACGCGAUAUCGAUGGAUAAAAUGUUACAGUGCGAAAUACACAUGAAAUCGCGGCCAAAAAACUGCUGCAGGUCGUGGCUGUCCAAGUUCCCAACGAGGUCCAAGCGCAUCGACGUCAUAUCCCGGAUCACAUUUCCUCUCGUGUUCGCUCUGUUCAACCUCGCGUACUGGUCAACGUACCUGUUCCGGGAAGAAGCGGAGGGCGAGUGAACCUCGAUGAGGAGAUUAUCGGAUCGCGGGACGUGGCAAGCGGCCACCCCCACGCCCAUGUUGCCCAUCACAACCAUCAGCACUCGCCUCAGCAUCACCCCCACCAUCAGCAUCACCAGCAUCAUCAUCACCACCACGAGCAUCACCAUCAUCCGCAGCAGCACCACCACCACCACCAUCACGAUCAUCGUCUCUCGCAUUCGUCGAUUCAGCACCACCAGCAGGACUCCUACUCGCCGCUCGCACCACGCGCGGCGCAUAUUAGAUCGCGGGCGUCUUCUUCCCACCCGGGUUCAUCCUCCAUUUCGGGUUCCCCGAGCCCGGCCCCCUCGCCGACGGCGAUGUCCUCCCUCUCGCAGCAGCAGCAGCACCACCACCACCACCACCAGCAGCGACGGCAGCAGCAGCAGCAGUUUCACCGUUUUUCCCAGGUAUCGCUGGGCCAGACGGAGAAGUGCUGUUGGGGCCUGAUACCGCUGCGUUGGUUCAAGUGCCGGGCCAAGGGCAGCGCGAGGAUCGACGUCUUCGCCCGGGUAGCAUUCCCCCUCGUAUUCGUGCUAUUCAACCUGGCUUACUGGUCGAUAUACUUGUUCCGUGGCGAGGACACGGGGAGUAAUCGCAACUGAUGAGAGGUGGAGAAAAACAAAACGUUAAUUAAUACCUGACGGCCGGAGACGAAAACGGGAGGAGUAGGAGGAGGAUGAGGAGAUUCCCGAGGAGUGAUAUUGGUGAUAAGUAAUAUUUACAGGGAGGCGAUAGAUUAAUACGAUAUAUUAUACAUAUAUUUAUUCGGGGUAAAUUUUGGGUGACCGCACGCCACCGAUUGACGUUAGUGUAGUGGGCCCUGUAUAGCCACGGCCUGUUAAACGACUAUAUAGAAAUAUAUUGAUAAUUAUUAUUAUUAUCAUCGAGGGAAAUGAUAUUAUAUAGGAAAGAAACACUUAGGAGUAUAUGAAGAGGAGGGAGAGAAAAAGGAGAAAAAAAAAAAUAAAAAUAAAAAUAAAUAAAAAUUAAUAAAUAAAUGAAAAUUGAAAAGUAAAAAG